AGAAAAUCACUUCCGGGCACUCGCAGUUUAUCGCGCAGGGUUUGCUGCGCUAGUUUGUGACACAAAAUGGCUAAAUUAAAAGACAAAAGAAGAGAGAAAAUGAGUGUCGCCACUGAGAUUGACCGUUUGGAGGAGCGGCGCGCGCGUUGCAGAGACAACCUGGAGAGGGCGGAGUUCAAGAGCAGGAAAGAGGAGCUCUCUGACCAGGACAAGCAGUAUCUGGAAGACGAGAUGACCAUCAUUAACGAGCGAGUGCUAAAGUUAGACAAGGAGCUGAAGACGUUAAGAGGAGAGAAUCGGAAGAACAUGCUGCUGUCAGUGGCUCUGCUGGUAGUUGGCGCGUUCUUCUACUACGUCUUUUUCUACAACGAAGUGGACUCGUGAUACCGCCUGGUAACUUAAGUGCCACCCUGUGUCUUCAUAGAACAACAACCUCAGGACAAGGUUGUUAUGAGAUGAUCUAUGAGGUUCAAGGGGAUGAAAGACACGAGAGCUGUGUUGAUGAAAUACCUAAUUUCUGCCUCUAGAUCGCAUUAUUGUUAUCAUACUGGGUUUGAUGCACAUCUUGGACUACUAGAGUAAUACAUGUACAAGAUAAUAUUGGGGUAAGUGAGUGAGGCAUUUUUCUCUUGUAUACAGUCGGUUUUCAUUGCUGUAUAAAGAUGUCACUGUAUAUUAUAAAAUUCUACAUGAAGAAUUUAUAUACGACAGUUUGACCCCUGAAUGAACAAUUAAAUACAACGUUUAUAAAGUUUGCCUUGUGCCACAAAUAAACCAAAGUAAUGUUGCUUUUAUACAAUAUAUCAAAGAUAGGCUUCAUUUAAUGGUGCCAAUCCAGUGUGCGUGUCUUUUCAGUCACAUAAAUGAUUAUGUGUAAUGAUAAUGCACAUGGCAGUUAUGGAUGAAAAUAUUUGAUCCAUUUAGUUUUCUCUUGAAAUGAGUUGUACAGUGGGUUUAUUAACUGUUACACCAUAUAGAGAACUUGAAGAAUGUAAUUGUUGUUUUUGAUACUCAUGUUGCCCAUGCACCACCUCCUGGUAAAAGAUGAAAGAUGAUAAACAUGUUCACAAAUGUCUUUUCUUUUUGAUACGCUUGCGAAAAAUGAGAGUAUGAGAACUGGGUUUGAAUAUAACUGAUCUGUUUGUUAUUUGGUCUUUUAUGCUUUCCUUCAUGAAUAAAAACACGUGAUAAUAUUUUUUAAA